AUGGCGGUCUCGGUCCCCAAGCGCCUGCGACUGCUAGCGGAGGAGGCGCCGCCGCCGUCGCUGGAGGGGACGACGGACAAGCUGAUGUCCCUCCCCAAGGAGAUCCUCGACAUUAUCCUUGCGCGGGUCCCAUUCGAGAGGCUGGUCCGCUUCUGCUGCCUCUCCCGCGCGUGGCGCCGCAGCUGGGAGUCCGUCCCCAAACUCCGCGUCGAGCUGCCCCCGCGGCGCUCCUCCGCCCGCGUCCUUUGGCGGUGCGCGGCACCAGUCCGUAGCUUUGGCUCCCGCUUCGGCCACCUCCUCGGCACCACUACCUCCCGCUGGCUCCGCGCCCUGGCUCGCAAGCGCGUCGAGGAACUCACCCUCCAGUUCGAGGAACUCGCCUGGUUCCUCCCCAAGCCAGCCGUCGUCCUCGGCCCCGCCUUCUUCUCCUGCGACGCGCUCGUCCACCUCCACCUCAAGAACUGCCGCAUGCCGCCCGCGCAACCGGGAUUCCCGGGCUUCCCCAAACUCGCCUCGCUAACCCUCUCUGAUGUCGCUCUCCUGUUCAAGUGCGGCGCCGUGCAGCUCCAGCACCUGAUCGCUGCAGCGCCAGACCUCGCUGUGCUUAAAUUGAAGGACGUAAUCGCCAGACCCUCGGCCGAGCACGACGCCAUUGAAGAGUGGGUUAUUCGGGCGCCCAAACUCAGAAAUCUCUCGAUCGACAUCUUUUCUCUCUACCGAGACAACGGCUGCCGGAUUGCGCAGGAACUCCGGUUGCUGGAGGAGGCGUCCAUCUCAAUCGAUUGCCUCGUCGGGACCCAGGACUUCCUCGAUAUUUUCCGAGGAAUUGCUGCCAUCAAUACACUUUGGUUCGACGCGGAGGCAACCAUGUGUACUGUAAAUCCAUUGGAGGAUAUUACAUGGAGGUUUGAGAAUCUGAGGAAGGCAUCCCUGAGAGUUACCUUUUGCAGACUCCCAAGCUUUAUGGCAAUAGUUUCUUUACUGAGAUGUGCUCCUCACAUUGAAGACCUUAAUAUUAAGACACGUGAUACUAAAUGGUCCCCAAAUGAAGUUGAAAUUGAUGAAGAUUUUCUAAAUUCGGAGAUACAGGAUGACUUGAUUUCAGGCCUCAAAUGUGUGUCUCUGAGUGGUGCCAAGUACUUGUCAAAUCAGAUGUGCUUUAUGAAGUUUAUACUGUCUAAAGCAGGAUCUCUUCAAUCAUUUGUUGUCACUUUCCACUACCCUGAAAGAGACAUAUGGUAUAAAAAGGCAUGCAAAGAGUUAGCAGAAUGCCAAAUAGCAUCGCCCCAAGCUAUAGUCAGACAAAAUUUUACUGAUGAUUGGAUCUAUCCAUUCGCUGAUUCAACAAUAGAUGUGUCAGCAACGGACGAUGACCCUUAAGUAAUAUAUCAUGCCUACCUUUCGGAGUAUUAUGGAAGAAUUUCUUUUUCUGUUGUACAAACAGCUGCUAUUGCUCGCAGCAGAAUGCCUCCUAAUUCAAUCUAUUAGUGAAUGAUUUUAGAGUUGAUUGAGAUGAACAGUUCCAUCAAAGUAUGAUUGGACUUGUUAUGGAACCCUACAGAUUUGGGAUAAGGUGGUAUAGAGGAUGGUAUUUUUGAAUGACUGGCUGAUCUAGUAUGAUACUCAUCAAAGGGAGUUGUGAAUGUUCCUAACUAGAAAUGUAUCUCUCUUUUUCCCUUGAUCAUGCAAACCUAGCUCUAGCCUCUUGAUGGAAAUGUAGUCAAUGUAUUUUAGAGUCUAUUAAGGAUGUUGCAAUAGUGGGCUAGUGGGUACUAGCAGAGUAGCAGGAGCAGUUUUCAUGUCUGUCGUUUUGGUUUUAAAUCGAACUGCUGCAUGAUCAAAAUUUGAUGACAGCCAGGGUUUCAGAAUUGCAUAACUAAAUGUUGUCGACAGCUAGGUUCAGAAUUUGGUGAGGUUUUUUGAAAUCUUGUGGCAAUUGGAGACGUCAGUGUGCUACUUCAAAUCACUGCAUGGCUU